GGCAACAUGCGUUCUAUGCGUUCUAAGCUCCUUUGUUCGAUCAUUACGAAGCUGGCUUAAAAGCGGCAUAAUUUUAUUAACUAAUGUUCUAAUGAAAGUGACAAUUUAAUUAAGUGGGGAUUUUUAAAAACUGUGUUUUUUUGUGUCCGAUGUCUAGUGCUGAAAUCGUAGAUAGUUCCGUCGAUCCCCCUGCCAAGAAGAGGAAGCUAGAAUUGUCAUCGUUUUCCUCAGACAUGGCGAAUAAUGGAGCCGAAGGAUCGUCACAAGCCGGUGACAUUGAUGAGGGGCUAUAUUCUCGUCAACUUUAUGUUUUGGGACACGAUGCUAUGCGACGCAUGGCUUCCAGUGAUGUUCUUAUAUCCGGUUUGGGGGGAUUAGGAGUAGAGAUUGCAAAAAACGUUAUUCUUGGAGGUGUAAAGUCAGUGACUUUACAUGACGAGGCAGUUUGUACUAUUUCUGAUUUAUCAUCACAAUUUUAUUUCAAUGAAUCGGAUGUUGGUAAAAACAGAGCCAAAGCUUGUUGUAAAUCAUUAUCUGAAUUAAACACUUAUGUUCCAACAACAGCAUACACUGGUAAAUUAGAUGAAUCAUACAUCUUAAAAUUUAGAGUUAUUGUUUUAACAACUAGUAGCUUAAAAGAACAGUUGCUUAUUAGUAAAAUAACACAUUCUAAUAAUAUAGCCUUGAUUAUUGCUGAUACUCGUGGGCUAUUUGCUCAAGUUUUCUGUGACUUUGGAGAAUCAUUUACUGUUGUGGAUAUAAAUGGGGAACCUCCUGUAUCCGCCAUGGUUGCUGAUAUAUCAUCAGAAAAAGAAGCUAUUGUUACAUGCAUUGAUGAUACUAGACAUGGCAUGGAAGAUGGGGAUUACAUUACAUUUUCAGAAGUUAAAGGAAUAACUGAAUUAAAUAACUGCAACCCUAUUAAAAUUAAAGUGUUAGGUCCAUACACAUUUGUAAUUGGAGACACAACCAAAUUUUCUAAAUAUGAGCAUGGUGGAAUUGCCACUCAAGUUAAAAUGCCUAAGGUUGUAAAUUUUAAAUCACUUACUGAAUCCUUGGAAAAUCCUGAUUUCAUAAUAAGUGAUUUUGCUAAAUUUGAUAGCCCUACACAGUUACAUCUUGCCUUCCAGGCAUUGCAUGAAUUUAUUGAAACACAUUCUAGAACCCCAACACCUUGGAGCCCAAGUGAUGCUUCAGAAUUCCUAAAUAUUGCAAAGUCAAUUAAUAAACAAAAUAUUGAAAUUGAUUCCAAAUUACUUGAACUAUUUUCUAAAAUUUCUUCUGGAGAUUUAAACCCUAUGAAUGCCACUAUUGGUGGAAUUGUGGCCCAAGAAGUAAUGAAGGCAUGCUCUGGGAAGUUUCAUCCAAUUUAUCAAUGGUUAUAUUUUGAUGCCAUUGAAUGUUUAGAGUCAGAUGAACCCGAAGAAAUAACUGAAGAGUUAGCGGAGCCUAUUGGUUCCAGAUAUGAUGGGCAAAUUGCUGUUUUUGGUAAAAAUUUUCAGAAAGCUAUUGGUGAAUUAAAGUAUUUCGUAGUCGGAGCUGGAGCAAUUGGAUGUGAAUUAUUGAAAAAUUUUGCAAUGGUUGGUUUAGGAACCCAAGGAGGAGAAAUUACUGUCACUGAUAUGGAUCUUAUUGAAAAAUCAAAUCUCAACCGACAAUUUUUAUUUAGACCUCAUGAUGUUCAACAGUCAAAAUCUGUUACAGCAGCAAAGGUCAUCAAAAAAAUGAACCCAGAUGUAAACAUUGCAGCUCAUGAGAAUAGAGUUGGAGUGGACACUGAAAAUGUGUAUGAUGAUAAGUUUUUUGAAAGUUUAGACGGUGUUGCUAAUGCAUUGGACAAUGUUGAUGCAAGAAUGUAUAUGGAUCGUAGAUGUGUUUAUUAUCGCAAACCUUUACUUGAAUCUGGUACUUUGGGCACUAAGGGAAAUACCCAAGUGGUUGUACCUUUCUUAACUGAAUCAUAUAGUUCUUCUCAAGACCCACCAGAAAAAAGCAUCCCCAUAUGUACUUUAAAGCAUUUCCCUAAUGCCAUUGAACACACUUUACAGUGGGCAAGAGAAACGUUUGAAGGACUUUUUAAACAAAAUGCAGAAAACGCAUCUUUGUAUCUAAAAGAUCCUGAAUUUGUUGAACGCACUCUAAAACUACCUGGCGUUCAACCGCUUGACACGUUGCAGUCUGUUAAGGCAGCUUUGAUUGAUGAACGCCCAAAAUCUUUUGAAGAUUGCAUUCAUUGGGCUAGACUUCAUUGGCAAGAACAAUAUAGCAAUCAAAUAAAGCAACUUUUGUUUAACUUUCCGCCAACACAACUUACAAGCACUGGUCAGUUAUUUUGGUCUGGUCCUAAAAGAUGUCCAGAUCCACUUGAAUUUGAUGUAAACAAUUCACUUCAUUUGGACUAUAUUGUAGCUGCUUCCAAUUUAAAGGCUCAAGUUUAUGGCAUUCAAACCAAUAGAGAUAGGAUGUAUAUAUCUCAAAUUGUAACUCAAGUUGAGGUACCGGAAUUUGUUCCAAAAUCAGGUGUAAAAAUUUCCGUAACCGAUUUUCAAAUGGGAAUGAGCAAUGGUUCAAAUGUUGAUUUGGAUCGGGUAAGCCAAAUAAGAGAAGAACUACCGCCUGCUCCAGAGUUUGGAACUUUGCGAUUAAUGCCAAUAGAAUUUGAAAAGGACGACGAUUCAAACUUCCAUAUGGACUUCAUUGUUGCUGCAUCUAACCUUCGUGCCACUAAUUACAAAAUUGUACCAGCUGAUAGACACAAGUCAAAAUUAAUUGCAGGGAAAAUUAUUCCUGCCAUAGCUACUACAACGUCCGUAGUGGCGGGUCUGGUAUGUUUAGAGUUAUUUAAACUUGUAAGAAACAAAAAAAGUUUAUCUCCCUUUAAAAAUGGCUUUGUUAAUUUGGCAUUACCAUUCUUUGGAUUUUCUGAACCAAUUGCUGCUCCUAAACUGGAAUACUGUAAUCAAGAAUGGACAUUGUGGGACAGAUUUGAAGUGCAAGGUGAAAUGACUCUUUGUGAAUUCCUCCAAUAUUUUAAAGACCAACAUAAUUUAGAAAUAACUAUGCUUUCUCAAGGGGUGUGCAUGUUAUAUUCAUUUUUCAUGGCCAAGGCCAAAGCACAAGAGAGACUGGGUUUAAAUAUGUCAGAGGUUGUAAAGAGAGUAUCCAAGAAAAAAAUAGAACCCCAUGUUAAGGCUCUUGUAUUUGAAUUAUGCUGUAAUGACAUGGAUGGCAAUGAUGUUGAAGUACCAUAUGUAAAAUAUAACUUAUGUUAAAAACCAUAUUAUAUCUGCACUUUUAAAUGUUUUAUUAUUGGUUUAAAGUGCACUAUUUAAAUUUAGAUGGGUUUAUAUAAAUUAUGAUUUGUAAAUUAUUAUUGCUUUUUCAUAAGACAAUGUAUCAUUACAAUGUAGACUAAGUGAGUAAAGCAAAACUUUUUUCACUAUAAUUUAUUAAAUUGAAGGUAAAUUUAAGAAAUUUACUAGUAAAAUACUAAAAUUGUCGUUUAGUUCACAUUGUCUUUUGUAGUUUAUAUUACCAGUUUGCGUUUAUACAUUAUAUCUUCAUUAAAAUUAUUUGUAAUUUUUUUGUUAAUUUGCCUAUUUUUUUGUGUAUGGUGUGAUCUUUUAUUUACAAUAUAACUGUGAACAUAAUAUUAAACUAUUUAGGUCUAAUUUUACAAAAAAUAUUACAAAAAAAUGCCUUUUAACUUACAUAAAAGAAGUACUUGUAAUGGAUAAACUUUUUAAUAACAACUUUUUCUUUGUUACACCUUCUUUAUCUCCAUAAUAAUUUUAUUUUUGGAAUUUUAGUAAACGUUUUGGCAUUGUAUUAUUUUUAUAAAGUUUAAUGAAAACUAA